CCGUGGGGCAUCACUGUUCGUCGUCAGAAUCCCGCGGAAGACAGACGCUUGGCGGCUUGACAGUAUCCGCGCUCCACUAGUUUGAGACACACGUUUCGAAAUGUCACUCGCGAAUAACGGCGUUCGCAAACACGACCACGUUCGACCGCCCAGGAGGAUUAAGUGGCCAAAUUUCUUAGCGGGAGUCAGGAUGGUGAAUCGCAAUGAGAGACGUGCUGUGGCCUGCAUAUUGCUGACGGUGAUCGCCGUCGUUGCGGCCGCUUCAUAUGAUCGCGAACGACUUGAGAUUGCGAAGCAAAUUCUCGAGGAAGUACCUCUCACCGACGGACACAACGAUUUGCCCUGGAACAUCCGGAAGUUUCUUCGCAAUCAAAUCAACGAUUUCGAACUGGACACCGAUUUAACCCAAGUGGAACCUUGGUCCAAAUCAAAAUAUUCACAUACCGAUCUUCCUAGACUUAGACAGGGCAUGGUCGGAGCUCAGUUCUGGUCAGCCUUCGUACCGUGUGCAGCUCAAAAUAAGGACGCUGUUCAGUUGACCCUUGAACAGAUCGAUGUCAUUCGUCGCCUGGUAGCCAAAUAUCCUCACCAGUUUCAACUCGCUACGUCUGUUACUGAUAUCCUCGAAGCUCAUAGUGCUAGACCUCGUAAAAUCGCUUCUUUGAUCGGCAUUGAAGGUGGACACUCUAUUGGCAACUCCUUAGGCAUUCUUCGCAGCUACUAUCAACUCGGAGUACGCUACAUGACUCUAACCCAUACAUGCAACACUCCAUGGGCUGAUUCUGCCAACGAAGCACCAGUCGCUAACGGACUCACGGAAUUUGGAGAGAAAGUUGUCCGUGAGAUGAACCGUCUUGGCAUGCUGAUUGAUUUAUCUCACGUGGGAGAGAACACUACUAGAGCAGCCAUACGUCUCUCGAAAGCACCGGUCAUUUUCAGUCAUUCUUCAGUCUACAGUUUAUGUCCUCACAAACGAAAUGUCCCCGAUGACAUCAUACAAUCCCUGAAAGUUAAUGGUGGAAUUAUCAUGGUUAACUUUUUUCCUGAUUUUGUGAAAUGUGCGCCAAACGCUACCAUAUCCGAUGUUGCUGAACAUUUCCAUUACCUGAAGAGGAUGAUCGGUGCUGAUUAUGUUGGAGUUGGCGGUGACUUCGACGGCGUUAAUAGAGUUCCCCGCGGCUUGGAAGACGUUUCCAAAUAUCCCGAAUUGUUUGCUGAAUUACUGCGAAGUGGUCAGUGGAGUGUUCAGGAACUGAAGAACCUUGCCGGCUUGAAUAUACUACGAGUUAUGCGCCAAGUUGAAAAGAUCCGUGACGACAUGCGAACCAAUGGCUCCGAGCCUGAGGAACACCCCGAUUCUCCUAACGACAACGGCAGCUGCACCAGCAAUGCUUUCUAUUCAGACGACGUUUAAACGUAUCACGCAAAAAGGACUGUAGUUAGAUUUAUGAUAGUUUUAUUAUACAAAAAGAAAAAAAAACUUUUUAUUGCUCACUUCAAUUUGGGAUUAAAUUUACCCUUUUUUUCUAUUCUGGUUAUAUAAUUUUUAAUAAAAUAAUUUCGUAUUACACGUAUAUCAACUUUGUAUGUCAAUGAAAUAUUAAAUGUCAUUAAUGUCUUUUGGAACUUAUUCAUGUAUUUGAUAGUGAAAUUAGAAGGUUCCAUCAGGAGAGGCAUGAUAUGUUGAUAUUCAACGUCUUCAAUUAGAUAUUGUGGAAGGAUCGAGAUGUCUGUUAGGCUAACUCGUUUCAAAAUUACUUCGUUUGAUUACAAUAAGACUUUUUAAAAAUCCAUAAACUAUUAAAGUUUUCAUUUUACGAAUUAAAUACUGUUGUUUAAUCAGGUCGUAAGUUGUUUAUCGUCUAGAAUAUCUCUGAAAUGAGUUAGCGCAUACGCUGUACUCUCUUCUGAUCGUUAGUCAGACAUAAAUUUAAUCAAUAAGGUAGACGUAUGAUAGAUCUCCACUUUCGCAGCACUCCUUCAUCUCUUGAUUACCAUAAUAGGUGUCAGCUUCUAUCUGAUCUCCUGAAAUGGCUCCGGACGCAUUCGAAUUAUCACUUAUUUCUAUUAACUUAUAUUUUAACUAUCUCAGAACUGAGUAACAUAAAAGAAAUUAGAGAAAAUUGUGAAGAUUUUUUAUUAAAAUCGGAACCGAAAGAGGUUUUAACGUAGUUAGUUAAUAUCUAAUAAAAAUAAAUAAUAUUAAAUUAAUUUUUGUACCUAAAUUACUUUGAUAGGAUUUUGAAAAAUAUAUGCCAUAAAAAAAAAAUUGGGUGCAAUCAACGGAAGCCAUUGAAUUCCUCCUUUCUUCUUGUGUCUCCGCUUAUAUUCUUAUAACAUGUGAUGUAAGAGGUAAGUAAUAAACCAACAUUGUUCCACCGCUGUUAUCUAACUAUUCGUAAAAUAGCAGUGAAGUUUAAUUGUUGCUUAUCGUAACAAUAUUGUAACUUAUCAAACAGCCAACGGAGGCGAGAUACGAUUUUUCUAUUGUUUGCCUUUUACAUCAUAUAAGUAGUUUGUAUUGCUGUGUAGGUUACAUGUACAAUAAAAGAGUAUGUGCUUUUUAUUAAAGAUCGUUCAUAUGAUUUCUCUUAAUUUUCCGUCGGAGUUGACAUUAUACUUCAAUAACAUUCUUAAACAAAACGUGUACAACCGAAUGUUCUCGUAAUACGGAAUAGAUUCGAUUACAAAAUAAAUAAACGAAAUUAGAUUGAUGCUUGUAAUAAAAACAAAAACAAAACAUAUCCGUGUAUCUUAUAACCGUUUGUUGUUUGCAUCUUAUAAUAAAAUUCGUAAAAUAAUUAAUGACAUAUAUACCGAAAUUAAUUAAGGGAUGAUUGUUUGAAAUCACUUCUCUCACUUGACAUUUUAAAGCCGAAUGGCAUGAUGGGCAAUCCGAAUAUAUUUUCGUAAUUUCUUUGAAUUUUUGAUAUAUGUACUCGUAUAACUGUUUUAUGUCUAUACGACAAUAAAUAAAUCAAAUGAAGGUGAAAUCCGCUUAUUCUCUAUCCUUAUAUCAAUUUGUUGUACUAAACACUAUUUGAAUUCAUUAGUUUAUUAAAUUAAUCCAUUUUUAUGAAUGGAUUAAUACAUGAACCUUGUUCCUCUGGUCUCUGUGUAAGUUAUAUUUUCAGUGCAUGCGUUAAUGUUAUAUAAUAUUGGUACUAUUAAAAAUUAUUGAAUAAUUUGUUACGUGAACUAUUUAAGGAAUAAGCGGAGAUUAAUCUGGAUCUUAUAAAUGAGCUGUGACUCUAACAUUAUAAUGGGGGUAACUAUUUAUUAGAGAUUGACUGAAAAAUUUUUCGAACCUAUAUCUAGCAUUACUGUCACGUCUGAAAUCUGGCUGUUAUUUUGUAAUUGGUUUUAAAAUGUAUAUUAAUAAACAUGUAUCGCACGAGCGCACAAUAUUUUUUAUUAUAAUUUCAACAUUUGUUCUUUAUGUUAACUAAAGUAUGACACGUACAUGAUAUAAAUUUUAUUUUAUAUUAAUUAAUGUAAUGUCAAACAAUGUCGGGUUUAAAAGUUAAACAAUAAUAUAGUUAUAUUGUUUACAUCAUCAAGUCAUAUAAUUCAUUCGGUUACUUAAACUUAUUCCAUUUUAUGUCCGAGUGAAGGCGUUUCAGUCGAAUAAUUCAAGGUACUGGAAUUAUUGUGUGGAUUGCUGAGAAUUUAACGGUUUUAAGUAAAUGUCUCAAAGAUCCGUGUGAUUGUGCGCUUGUGUUUGAUGAGGUUGUCUGGCGUAUUGUCGUCGUGUCGUCAGCUGUAACUUUGAAAGAGCAAUACGCCAUCCAACAAUCUUAAGAGCUCUUUAUAUUAUAUGUCAUAGACGGAAUAAACACAACUGCUCUAUACUCAA